AUGACUGAGAACAGUAUUAAUUUAUGUUCAGAAUCUUAUAAAUUCAGUAUGAAUAAAGGGUUUUCAGUACUACAGCAACAACAAGAGUUUGUGGAUGUAACUAUAGCAGUUGAUGGAUGUCUAGUCAAAGCCCACCAAAAUAUAUUAGCACUAGCUAGUCCAUAUAUAAAAGCUUUAUUACAAUCGGCGCCAUGUCAACACCCUAUUAUCUUUUUAAGCGGUAUUGCACAUAAAGUUUUAGCACACAUAUUGGAAUAUAUUUACACAGGAGAAGUACAAAUUCCCUGUGAACUAUAUCCUUCUUUUAUACAGGCAGCAAAACACAUGCAUAUUGUAGGACUUGAUGAAUAUAGUGUAUUGGAUCCAAAAACAUUGCAUUAUGAAGAUACAAAUUGUUUAGAUGAAGUAGUUGAAGCAGUUCCUGAUAAAAAUAUGAGUCAAAAAAGGACAGACUGUUCUGAAGAAGUAAGUGACAAUGUUGAGUAUGACAAUAGGAAUACUAAAAGAGUAUAUGUUGAUGGAAGCACCAAUAAUACAAAUGAAUAUGAUUUAGGAAGUAUGGCUGAUAAAAAUAUAAUUAUAGACUUAAGAGACACUUUUUACUGCGAAACAAAUAAUGUCCCUGUAUUGCAAACAGAAUCUGAAAGUUUUGCUUUAGGUUCUAAUAGAGAAGUUGAUACAGAACUUGAAGAUUUUACUAUACAAAAAGUUUCUAUACAUACUGAUUCCCAGAUGCCUUGUGCUAAUUUAAAUGUUGAGGAAUCUGGUGAACAAGAAGUGCUAGAAGAUCACAAAACAGGACCUCUGUACACUGUAUCUAUUCGUGGAUCCUUGAUGAUGAUACUAAACCGUUUUCUUUAUAAUAUGCAUCAUCAAUCUGCUAAUGGUUCUAAACGUCGAUGGAGGUGCAUAGAUUACCGCAGAAAACAUUGUUUAGCAUAUGUUGAUACUCAAGAUGAAGUUGUUACUGGCAGGUAG